AGCGAACCGUGGCAGCUGAGAUGGAGCAGGAGAGGAUAGUCCUCCCUCCCCGAGGACCUUUAGAGUUGCCUCUCUCCAUUUUGGAGGUUGGAUGUGCUGGUCGUUUUGAGCUCAUCACCCAAGAGGAACCCACCAAAGAAGGAUUUCCACUGACCACAUUGCCACAUGGGCUGCCCCCGUACGCUGAGGAUCUGUCCUCGGAAUUGGAGCAGCAUUAUCUCAACAGCCCGGAAUGGCUUCCCGUCCAUGACUUUGAAAGGUCUCACAGGUUCUGGCCCCGAGAGAAAGACAUCCAGUCACUCUUUGCACUAGCGGUCACGCCUGUACACUCCACUCUCCGGGCCGAGCGCAAUCCCACCACCGGGGAGCUGCUGGGUUUUAAAGAGGCACUUGUGGACAACAUGGGAUUAUCAGCCAAGAAUUCUCUGUCCUUCCAGCGAGCACCUGGUCCUCCAUCUGAGUCUCUGCGAGGCAGUGCCACCAACUACCCCUUCUGGCCAGGUGGGAUAGAUGAGCCUAGCUUGGAACUGAUUAAGGCUCAAGAAGAUAGGGAAGAGGACAUUGAUUUUGAGAAAGAUUUGCUGACAGUGCCACCAGGAUGGAAGAAAGGGGUGGAAUUCACCAAACAAGAGAUCAUGGCCUCCCCAGGAUUGCUAAACUUGACCAAUUUGCUGGGUGCGCUGGACACCUUUGAGCUGGAGGCCUCCAGCGAUGAAGAAGGCAAAGAGAAGACGGAGGAAGUGGAGAAGAGGAGGAAAAAAGGGAAGAGUAAGGGAGCAAAGGAAGAAGAGAUCCCUCCAGCAGAACCAGCACCACUGCACAGAGUGAACAGCUUGGAGGAACUGGUGCUUAAGGAGGUGACACCCAUCCCCAAAUCAGCCCCAGAGGCUGCGCCUGCGCCCGCCCCUGCUGCAGUGCCUCCCAAAGAACAGUGGGCUAUCCAGGUUGAUGUAAGCUCCCCUGUGGACGAUUUCUACAAGCUAAUUCCUGAUCCAGCCUUCAAGUGGCCUUUUGAGCCCGAUGUUUUCCAGAAACAGGCAAUUCUCCACUUGGAGAAACAUGAUUCCGUCUUUGUCGCCGCCCACACCUCUGCGGGAAAGACUGUCGUGGCCGAGUACGCCAUUGCUCUGUCACAGAAGCACAUGACACGCACCAUCUAUACAUCCCCAAUCAAAGCGCUUUCCAACCAGAAGUUUCGGGAUUUCAAGAACACCUUUGGCGAUGUUGGCUUGUUGACAGGAGAUGUGCAGCUGCAUCCGGAUGCUUCUUGCCUCAUCAUGACAACCGAGAUCCUUAGGUCUAUGCUCUAUAAUGGCUCCGAUGUCCUCAGAGACCUAGAGUGGGUGAUCUUUGAUGAAGUACAUUACAUUAACGACUCUGAGCGUGGUGUGGUUUGGGAAGAGGUUCUCAUCAUGUUGCCAGACCAUGUAAACAUAAUUUUGCUGAGUGCCACCGUCCCCAACACCCUGGAGUUUGCUGACUGGAUUGGGAGAAUCAAGCGGAAGAAGAUUUAUGUGAUCAGCACCCUGAAGCGCCCUGUUCCGCUGGAGCAUUAUCUGUACACGGGGAAUAGCCAGAAGACGCAGAAGGAGCUCUUCCUCCUAGUGGACCCCCGUGGGACGUUCCUUACGAAGGGGUAUUACGAUGCUGUAGAAGCCAAAAAGGAGCGAAGUAGCAAGCACUCCCAGACCUUCGGGGCCAAACAGCCAAUGCACGCAGGAACUGGACCAGGCCAGGUUCUUCACAUGGUCGACCUUUUGAAACGUGGAAUUGGGGUGCACCACAGUGGCAUUCUGCCCAUCCUCAAGGAGGUUGUGGAGAUGCUUUUCAGCAAAGGCCUUGUCAAGAUCCUCUUUGCCACAGAGACUUUCGCCAUGGGGGUGAACAUGCCAGCAAGGACUGUGGUUUUCAAUUCAGUUCGUAAACAUGACGGUGCGAAUUUCCGGGACUUGGUACCAGCCGAAUACAUCCAGAUGGCCGGCCGGGCUGGGCGUCGAGGUCUCGACACCACUGGGAUGGUGAUUAUCCUAUGCAAAACCCAAGUGCCUGAAAUGUCCGACCUUCAUCGCAUGAUGCUGGGUAAACCCACUCGGUUGCAGUCCCAAUUCCGCCUGACUUACACCAUGAUCCUAAACCUGUUGAGAGUGGAGGCACUCCGAGUGGAAGACAUGAUGAGGAGAAGCUUCUCCGAGUUCCACACCCGGAAAGACAGCAAGGUCUAUGAACACAGAAUCACCCAGCUGAGCAGUAUGUUAGCCAGCAUGGAAAUCCCAGACACCUCAAGGCAGCUUGGUGACUUACAAGAGUAUUAUUCCAUAGUCAGAGAACUGCAAGAGAUCCGGGAGCGCAUUCAGAGGCGAGUAAUGGAAUCGGUGAGUGGAUUGAAAGCCCUUUCUGUGGGACGAGUGAUCGUGGUGAACAACCAAGAGCACAAGAAUGCCCUAGGAGUCAUCUUGCAGGUUUCUUCAGACUCAGCCAAUCGGGCCUUCAGCACUUUAGUGAUGUGUGAGAAGAACUCUGUGGAGCGAGGCUUGACUGAGGGCCAAGAAUGGAAUCCCCUUCCCUCUGCUGAAGUGCCUCUGCCCGAGGAUCUUCUGCACACGAAGCUUUUCCUUCCCGAAGGCCCCUGUGGACACACCAUAAAGAAGCUGGGCCCAGCAGAUAUUCUGGGCGUCACGCCGAAAACCCUCCGCGUGAAUGCCGAGCGUAUCCUGGAGGAUUUCAGGAAACGACAGAUGCCCAGGUUCAGGAAUGACCUACCUGGACCAUCAGCAGCCACAGCAACCCAGGAGCUGCUGCGUUUAGCUGAAGGCUCUCCGGAAGGCCUCCCCCUUCUGGAUCCCGUAAACGACCUUCAGCUGAAGGGUCUGGAGGUCGUAGAGAGCACGAUCCGGGCUCGUAAUCUGGAGGAACGUUUGCCAGAGUUCCAGUGUGUGCACAGCCCCCUCUUCCACAUAGAGUUUGUACGCUUCCGAGAGCGCCAAAGGGUGUUGGACGAACUGGAGCAGCUGCGCUUCCUGCUGUCGGACCAGUCCCUUCUCUUACUGCCCGAGUAUCACCAGCGUGUCGAGGUCUUGCGUUCCCUGGGCUACAUCAACGAAGGAGGAGCCGUGGAGCUCAAGGGCAGCGUGGCCCGUCAGAUCAGCAACCAUGAGCUGCUCCUGACGCAGCUGCUUCUGGACAAUGCCCUGACCGACCUGCGACCUGAGGAGAUUGUGGCCUUGCUGAGCUGCACGGUGUGCCAGGUCCGCACCCAGGUGGAGCCCCAGCUGCCCUCUGUUCUUCAGAAGGGCAUAGAGCACAUCCGUUCCGUAGCCGAACAGAUCGCCCUGCUGCAACGCAAGUGCGGCCUGCAAGAAUCGGUCGAGGAUUUUGUGGAGCAGUACAAAUUCGGGCUGGUGGAGGUGGUUUAUGAGUGGGCCCGUGGCAUGCCCUUCGCCGAGAUCGCCCACCUGACAGACGUGCAGGAAGGCAUCAUCGUCCGCUGCAUUCAGCGGCUGGAUGAAACCUGUCGCGAGAUGCGCAACGCUGCCCGGGUGACGGGGGAGCCGACCCUGCACGCCAAGAUGGAGGCCGCCUCCAACAUGAUCAAGAGAGACAUUGUCUUUGCCGCUAGCCUCUACACCCAGUGAGGGGAGAUGCUAGCUGGACGGGAUCCUUUUUUUGCCAUCCUGGAAAGUUCUCCCUCCCUUAUUCUGACCUCUAAGAGGUUUUGCAAUGCAUCUGCAGAUGUAAACAAUAAA